AGGAGGGAGGGGGAAACCCUGGGAUAAGGGCUCCGGGGGGCAGGGGGGCCCGAAAAAAGCCAACCCGAACCAAAAACCCACCCCCCAAAGCCGGCCCGAAGCCAUCGCCGACCCCCCCCCGAAAUCCCCCCACCCCCAGCGGCCACAACCAGGAAAGAGAGGAGAAGCCCCCAAAAACUUAACCGAACUCGUUCCGGGAGGCACCGGGCACCAUGCGGCGGCGGGGCCGGUGCUGAGCCCCCCACCGGGGGUGGCGGGAGCCAUGGCCAUGGUGGCCGGCGGCUGGGGAGAACCCAACGGCAGCGGCGGCAGCGGCGGCAGCGGCGGAGGGGAGGAGGCGGCGGCGUCCCCGGCGGGAGGAGGCAGCGACGCGGAGCACGGCGAAGAGGAGCGGGCCGGGGCUCCGGUGGACUGCGUGGUGUGCGGGGACAAAUCCAGCGGGAAGCACUACGGAGUCUUCACCUGCGAGGGCUGCAAAAGCUUCUUCAAGCGCAGCAUCCGCAGGAACCUCAGCUACACCUGCAGGUCCAACCGUGACUGCCAGAUCGAUCAGCACCACCGCAACCAAUGCCAGUACUGCCGCCUGAAGAAGUGCUUCCGCGUCGGCAUGAGGAAGGAAGCCGUGCAGAGGGGUCGGAUCCCCCCUACCCACUCCAGCACCAGCCCCAACCCCCUGCCCAGCGGGGAGUACUUCAACGGGCAGCCAGUCUCGGAGCUCAUCUCGCAGCUGCUGCGGGCCGAGCCCUACCCGGCCGCCCGCUACGGCUCGCAGUACGCGCAGCAGGGCAGCGUGAUGGGCAUCGACAACAUCUGCGAGCUGGCGGCGCGCCUGCUCUUCAGCACCGUGGAGUGGGCGCGGAACAUCCCCUUCUUCCCCGACCUGCCAGUCUCCGACCAAGUGGCGCUGCUGCGGCUCAGCUGGAGCGAGCUCUUCGUCCUCAACGCCGCCCAGUCGGCCCUGCCCCUGCACAUGGCACCGCUGCUGGCAGCCGCCGGCUUCCACGCCUCGCCCAUGUCCGCCGACCGCGUGGUGUCCUUCAUGGACCAGAUCCGCAUCUUCCAGGACCAGGUGGAGAAGCUCAACCGGCUGCAGGUGGACUCGGCUGAGUACAGCUGCCUCAAAGCCAUCGCCCUCUUCACGCCCGAUGCCUGCGGGCUGUCGGACCCUGCCCACGUGGAGAGCCUGCAGGAGAAGGCUCAGGUGGCGCUGACCGAAUACGUCCGCUCGCAGUACCCCUCGCAGCCGCAGCGCUUCGGGCGGCUCCUGCUGCGCCUGCCCGCGCUGCGCGCCGUGCCCGCCGCCCUCAUCUCGCAGCUCUUCUUCAUGCGCCUGGUGGGCAAGACUCCCAUCGAGACCCUCAUCAGGGACAUGCUGCUCUCGGGCAGCACCUUCAACUGGCCCUACGGCGCCGGGCAGUGAGCGGCGGAGCCUCGGCAGAGCCUGGGGCACAGCUCACAGACGGACCUGGACUCCCUGCAGCACCGCCGGGUGCUGCUGCCGCGCCCCGGGACCCCCUUCCAGCACCACGAGGCGGUGGUGCCAUGCCCCGGGACCCCCUUCCAGCACCACGAGGCGGUGGUGCCAUGCCCUGGGACCCCCUUCCAGCACCACGAGGCGGUGGUGCCAUGCCCUGGGACCCCCUUUCAGCACCACGAGGUGCUGGUGCCAUGCCCUGGGACCCCCUUUCAGCACCACGAGGUGCUGGUGCCAUGCCCUGGGACCCCCUUUCAGCACCACGAGGUGCUGGUGCCAUGCCCCGGGACCCCCUUUCAGCACCACGAGGUGCUGGUGCCACCCCCAGGGACUCCCUCCAGCACCACAAGAUGAUGGUGCCAUCCCUCCCAAGAUGAUGGAGUCACCCCCAGGGACUGCCUUUCAGCCCCCCCCCAGCAUGAUGGUGCCCUCCCCAGGGACUCCCUCCAGCACCACAAGAUGAUGGUGCCACCCCUCGAGCAUGGUGCCACCCCCAAAGGACCCCCAAACUGUGCCAAGGGACUGCUGCCCCCGAAAGCAGCAGCAGGGGCACAGCCUUGUCCUCCUCCUCCUCACCCUGAAGGUACUGGCAGUGCCACCACGGUUGGACACUGGACUUUUCUGCCCCUCCUGCCCCCCCUGAGGAGCUCAGAGUGUCCCCAGGGCUGGUCCAUCCCCACCUGGUCCCUGAUCCCCCCUUUGUGCCCCCGCCAUGGGGCUGCUCCUCCCCCCCAAGGACUGAAGCACUGAGCUUGGAGCAGCCUUUAUUUGGGGGGGGGCUCAGCCCUGCCUGCUCCCAGCCCCCCCCAGCCCCUGCUGCUUUCCACUGGAGCAUCUACACUGCUGGGGCUCCCUGAGAGGAUGGAGGUAACAGGGAGGAGAUUUUGGGGUACACAGUGGGGAGUGACGGGGGGACUGGGAGGGGGACACACACGUGGCCCUUUUUGGGUGCCCUUCACCCCUGGGCUCCCUUCAGAGCCACAUCCAGCACCCAGCACCAGUGGGAGGAACUGGGUGCCAGCACCAGUGCCACACUGGGAGGAGCUGGGUGCCAGCACCCCAGUUCCCACCCCCCAGCUUGCUCUCUGCUCCUGUACCUCAAUGUUUUGAAGCCAGUUUGGGGGGGCACACACCAAAAUAAGGCUGGAAUGAAAUGAUGCUGCUGGGGGGGUGGGGGGGCUUAUUUCCAGGGUUGGGGUCACAAUGUGUGUGUGUGGGGAUGUAUGACCCCCCCCCACCCUGGGAGGUUCUGCUUCCCAGGAGUAUCCAGGCAGGGAGGGGCUGGGGCAGGGGGCUGGGGGCCGGGGGGGGCUUUGGCAUUUAGAUUGAUUCACUGAGAAAUAAAAACUUAUUAAUCCUUGGCCAAGAUCCUGCAAAUCCCCUGAGGCAAACCCA